CGUAUAUUAUUAUUAAUUUAUAAUUCUUAUAUUAUUAAUUAUAUCAAAAUAAUUCGAAUUAUUAUGACUUAUUAUCAUAAUUAAGUGAUUGCAAAAUUCCCCCCAUACUCACACUUACGCGGGUCCCACAUGAAAUCUCCCAAAAUGCGCCAAAUAUCCUGCGUUAGUGUGAGUCUGACCGAUCCCACCAUACAAAUUUCGCCAUAAUUAAACCGCACCCAAAAAAGUUCGUGCCUGCCCUCAACGGUGAAAAAAAAUUGAUUCGAGUAAUAUCAUCGAGAGAGGCAAGCAAUAGUAAGUGGAGAAUAAAUUAAAUAAGGAAUAGCUAAUACUAUUUUAAAAUUUCAUAAUUAAGAAUGUCCCAAUCUGAAGUUGCCACCGGAACUCCAGUUCCAAUAGCAGAUCUUUCAAAAUUAUCUAUUCCAACUUUACCUGGUGUUACACCUCAACCACCAAAGGCUAAUGGAUUUUGGUCUUCAAAUCCUGUAUUUUCAUAUUUAAAUGAUGUUUAUAUUACUAUAAGUGAACAUAGAAAAUCUUUAGGAUUAACUAAUCCAGGAACUAUUGAAAAUCUUAAUAAAGAAGUUUCAAGAGAUGUUUUCUUGAAUCAAUAUUUUUUUACUGGUUUAAGAGCUGAUUUAAAUAAAGCAUUUUCAAUGUCUCCAGUAUUUCAAACUUCUCAUACUUUAUCUAUUGGUUCAAAUGUUUUACCUCCUUAUGCCUUUUCUGCUUUAUAUGCUACUGAUGAUUAUUUUAUACAAGGUAAUAUUGAUAAUGAAUUAUCAUUUUCUGGUAGAAUUAAUUAUGGUUGGAAUAAAAAUAAUAUUAGUAAAGUAACUUUACAAUUGGCUCAUGGUCAACCAUCAAUGGUUCAAUUAGAACAAGAUUAUCAAGCAUCUGAUUUUUCAAUUAAUUUAAAAACUUUAAAUCCUUCUUUAUUAUCUGGUGGAUUUAGUGGUGUAGCUGUUGGAUCUCUUUUACAAUCUUUAACUCCAAGUUUUGCUGUUGGUUUAGAAGCUAUGUAUUCUAAACAACCUGGUCCAGUUCCACCUGAAACUCUUGUUUCUUAUGUUGCUCGUUAUAAUGCUGGUAAUUGGAUUGCUUCUGCUCAAAUUCAAGCUCAAGGUGCUUUAAUUGCAUCAUUCUGGAGAAAAGUUUCUGAUAAAGUUGAAGCUGGUGUAGAAACUCAAGUGGCUGCUCAAUUAAAACCUGUAAGUGAUCCAUUAUUAGGUACUCCAAUUGGAUUUGAAACUGCCAUUGAAGGUCAAACUACUAUUGGUGCUAAAUAUGAAUAUAGAUCUGCUGUUUUUAGAGGUCAAUUAGAUACUAAUGGUAAAGUUAGUGCAUUUUUAGAAAAGAGAAUUUUACCAACUGUUUCUAUUUUAUUUUCUGGAGAAAUUGAUCAAUUUAAACAAUCUUCAAGAUUAGGUUUAGGUUUACAAUUUGAAGCUGCCGGUAAUGAACAAUUAAUGUUAAUGCAACAAGGUUUAAUUGAUGCAAAUGGUAAUCCAGUUCCUGGAGCUCCACAAAUUUAAAUUUUUUGAUUAAUUAACAAGUCAAAAAUAUAUUCUCAUUCAUUAGAAAAAGUUUCAUGAUUUUUAUGUAAUGAUCUCCUAUAAAUUAGUCAUCACAUGUAUAGACUUUCCUACUCUCAAAUGUUAAUAACAACCGUCUUUGUAUAUAAUAAAUUCCAAUAUAGUUUUUUCUAUAAUGAAUGAAAUAUUAGAUUUAACAGUCCUGUAAUGAAACUAUUGUACAUAAUAAAUAUAAGAUAUAGAGUAUGAAUAAAUAAAUAAAUAAAUAAAUAAAUAAAUAAAUAAAUAAAUAAAUAGAGAAAUGAAUGAAUAAAUAAUUAAAUAAUUAAAUAAUUAAUCACCAUCCAAAUAAUCGUG